CCUCACGGUCUCUCUUCCCCCGCCUGCCUCACCCCAGGCAUGGGGAUGGGAUUCUGACCAAUUCCUUGGAAAUCAGAAACGCUUGGUUCUUCGGCGGCCGGGGGCGCACAUUCCCGCAGCAGCUAGCUAGGGGGUUGAUCGGCGCGUCGACGGCUGACGGGAGGAAACUAGCAGGGGUUUGCGGGAGGAGAGAGAAGGACGGAAGAUAAACGAAUACAAAAUGGCAGAGGUUGUGGUGUUUGGCGCUCUCUGCAAAAUUGGAUCUGUCUUAGCAUCAUCCGCAAGCAUAACAAUGUUUGCUCGUUUAGAUGCAAAGUUGACAAUAAUAAGCGAGAUUGAGAGCCGAAUAAAGCAGAUUGAAGUUGAGCUCAAGUUGAUGCAAGCAUUCUUGCGCCAAGCACAAAACCAGGAAGGCUACAAUGAGCCCACUGAGGUGUACUUGCAGGAAGUAAGGAACCUAGCAUCUGAAAUAGAGGAUAUCAUGGAUGAGUUUAUCUACCUGUCUGUUCGGCACAAAAGCAAAUUCUUCACCGGGGAGUUCCUGAGUUACUUCCGUAAACUCGGGAAGUCUCCUUGGCACAAAAUUGCAAGAGAGCUUAAGGACUUGCAAUCUCACCUUCAGAAUCUCCGGGAUUUGCGGGUGCAAUAUGAGAUUCAACUGCCAGGUGGUGAUAGAGCUUCAGCUAGCACUGACGAUCAUUGCCUUCCUCUUUAUCUUUCUUACCCAGCAAAUGACAUGGUGGGCAUUGAGAAAGAAAGAACAAAGCUAAUGCAAUGGUUAACUGCAAGAUUAAGUUCAACCUCGGUCAUUGCGGUGUGGGGCAUGGGGGGAUCUGGAAAAACUACCCUUGUCAACAUCAUGUAUGAAGAUGAGAUGAUAAAGAAUCAAUUUGAUUGUCAUAUUUGGAUCACAGUAUCGCAGAAGUUCGAUGCUUAUGGUAUCAUAAGGAAAGUAAUUCGACACAUCCUGAAAGGUGCAUGUCCAUCUGACAUCGACACCGUUAGUGGUAGAGAUCUCAUACAAAUCCUCCAGAGAACAUUGCAACAGAGAAAGUUCAUGCUUGUACUGGAUGAUGUGUGGAGUGUAGAUGUUUGGAUAGACCUGGCAAGCAUAAUAGGAAACAAUAAUGUCAGUGGAAAUAAGGUGGUAAUAACAACUCGAAUUAAAGAAGUUGCUUCUUUAGCAAGUGAAGAUCAGGUUAUUGAGAUGCAUAAGCUAAAUGAGGCAGAUUCUUGGAGUCUGUUUUGCAGAUGGGCAUUCAAGAGCUGCAGGGAUAGAUCUUGUCCCCAAGAAAUGGAGCCAUUGGGGAGAGAGAUCAUAGACAAAUGUGAUGGCUUGCCAUUAGCAAUUGUGACCGUUGGCAACACACUCUCGUUCAAGAAACUGGUUAUAGAAGAGUGGAGUAAGUACUAUGAUCACCUAAUCUGGGAAUUGCGCGACAGAUUGCAUGGCCAGGAGCUGAACUCAGUGAUGAAGAUUCUGAACCUGAGCUACAAGCACUUGCCUAGCCACCUAAAGAACGCCUUCGUGUUCUGCAGCAUCUUCCCAGAGGAUUACAUGAUGACAAAAAAAAGGCUUGUUAGGCUCUGGGUGGCAGAGGGUCUUGUCAAGCCAGAGAAGAGAAGAACAAUAGAAGAAGUUGCAGAGGAGUACCUGAAUGAGCUAAUAGACCGAUGCUUGCUCAAGGUUGUGGAGAGAAAGCACUUCAGAAAGGUGAAAGAAUUCCAGAUGCACGACAUUGUGCGGGAGUUGGCCAUUUCCAUAUCAGAGAAGGAAACAUUCUGCAUGACAUAUAGUAAAUCACAGCCCAGCGAAUCUGAAUACAAGUGCCGCCGUUUGUCAAUCCAUGAGCACAGUGAUAGAUUCCAGCCACUUUCAUAUUCUUCUCGCCUUCGCUCUCUCUACCAGUUUGAUGCUUCUUGUUCCUCUUUUCCUUCUGUGAGCACACAGCGCACUGGAAGGUACCUGAACGUUUUGGAACUGCAAGAUGCUGCCAUCACUGUGCUACCAGAAGAAGUGUCAAGCUUAUUCAAUCUGCGGUACCUUGGCUUGAGAAGAACAAAGAUAAGGCAGCUGCCUCGGUCAAUCGAGAAGCUGUUCAACCUCCAGACAAUCGAUGUUUACCUCACCAAUGUGGAGAAGCUUCCAGCUGGGAUCACCAAACUGAAGAGGGUAAGGCACCUACUUGCAGGGAAGGCGAUGACGCCGCUGUUUGGAGUCGUUGAGAAGUCCAGAGGUGUUGAAACUCCCAAGGGGUCGUGGGGGUCAAUGGAGCUGCAAACUCUUAAAGGUGUUCUCGCCAGUAUGGAUCUUGUUGUCCAAUUGGGCAGCAUGACACAGCUGAGAACACUGUCAAUCGGAGAUGUCAGAGACGCGCACCACCCCAAGUUCUCUGCAUCCAUCAGCAACAUGCGGUUUCUUCGCACGCUGAAGGUUGUGGCAGCUGAAGGCAACUACAUCAACUUCGAAGAACUCAACUCCCCUCCCCAGAAUCUGCGCAAACUUCGCCUUGAAGGCAGGUUGCACCAGAGUGUAAUGGAGUCUCCUUUCUUUCAGAUAGUUGGAAACAGACUCGAGAAGCUCAUUCUCCUAGGCAGUAAGCUGAGCAGUGAUCCCUUUGCAUCCUUCUCCCAUCUCUCCAAUCUGGCAGUUCUCGAGCUUGUAGGUGCAUAUGAUGGGGAGAGUGUGCUCUUCGAAAGCGGGUGGUUGCCUAAGCUCCACACACUUGUCAUGGGUGAUCUUGUAAAUGUGAAGUCGGUGGUUAUGGAGCGGCAGGCAGUGCAAAACCUCCAGUGGUUGGCGCUGUUCAAACUCCCUGAGCUCAAAGAGGCGCCGCAUGGCAUCGAGUUCCUCGUGUCUCUGCAGAAUUUGAUGCUUGUGGACAUGCAUGAUGAAUUCAUGGAGGGUAUCCAAGGUGAGGACAAGGCAAGAGUCCAGCACAUUUCCACUGUCCGGUACUUCGACAGGAGCAGACGCAUGGAGAUACGCCUGUUCCAAGACCCGUAAACAAGGUUUAGAAGUGCCACCAAGCUUGAAUCGUGAUGGAAGCUAUACGCAACAGUAUAAUGGAUUCAGAAAUAUAUUGAUACAUAUUUGUUUGUGCGAAUUCUACUUAACAAACUGAGAGAUGAGAAUAUGUCUAUCCAUAAACAGCCAGAAUAGUGAUUUGUCGAAAUGCAUUCCUCUUGCCCAAAAUUCAG